AUGGCCAACACCCCUCACGGAGGCGUCCUCAAGGACCUUGUCGCGCGCGACGCUCCCCGCCAGGCUGAGCUCAAGGAGGAGGCUCGUCACCUCCAGGACAUCUUCCUGACCGAGCGCCAGCUCUGUGACCUCGAGCUCAUCAUGAACGGUGGUUUCUCUCCCCUCGAGGGCUUCAUGAACGAGAAGGACUACAAGUCUGUCGUCGACACUCUCCGCCUGGCCCCCACCAACGGCCACCGCCAGGGCACUCUCUUCCCGAUGCCGAUCACCCUCGACGUCUCGAAGGAGGACAUUGAGCGUCUCCAGCUCGCCCCCGGCGUCCGCGUCGCUCUCCGCGACUUCCGUGACGAGGCCGCCCUCGCCAUCCUUACGAUCGAGGACAUCUACAAGCCUAACAAGUCCGAGGAGGCCGAGAAGGUCAUGGGCGCCGACGACCUGGCUCACCCCGCCGUGGCUUACCUGCACAACCGGACGAAGGAGUUCUACGUCGGCGGCAAGGUCGAGGCUGUCCAGGCCCCGGCGCACUACGACUACGUCGGCCUCCGCUACACCCCCGCCGAGCUCCGCGCCUACUUCCACAAGCUCGCUUGGCGCAAGGUCGUCGCUUUCCAGACCCGCAACCCUAUGCACCGCGCUCACCGUGAGCUGACCGUCCGUGCCGCGCGUCAGCACAAGGCCAACGUUCUCAUCCACCCCGUCGUCGGUCUCACCAAGCCCGGAGACGUCGACCACUACACCCGCGUCCGCGCCUACCAGGCCCUGAUGCCCUCGUACCCCGAGGGACUGGCUCACCUCGCCCUCCUUCCUCUUGCCAUGCGCAUGGCCGGUCCCCGUGAGGCCGUCUGGCACGCGAUCAUCCGCAAGAACUUUGGUGCCUCGCACUUCAUCGUCGGCCGUGACCACGCUGGCCCCGGCAAGAACUCGCAGGGCAAGGACUUCUACGGCCCGUACGACGCCCAGGAGCUCGUCGCGCAGUACAAGGACGAGCUGCACAUUGACAUGGUGCCCUUCCAGAUGAUGACCUACCUCCCCGGCUCGGACGAGUACCAGCCUGUCGACGAGGUGCCCAAGGGCACGCCCACGGCCGACAUCUCGGGCACUGAGCUCCGCAAGCGUCUCCGCACCGGUGCCGCCAUCCCCGACUGGUUCUCGUACACUGGUGUCGUCAAGGUGCUCCGCGACUCCUACCCCCCUCGCCCCAAGCAGGGCUUCACCGUCCUGCUCACCGGCCUGCACAACUCGGGCAAGGACACGAUUGCGCGCGCGCUCAGCGUGACGCUCCAGCAGCACGGCGGACGCAGCGUCUCGCUCCUCCUCGGCGACGAGAUCCGUCCCGACCUCGGCACCUCGGGCCACAGCCGCGAGGACAAGCACGCCAACAUGCUGCGUAUCGGCUACGUCGCGUCCGAGCUCACCAAGGCCGGCGCCGCCGUCAUCGCCGCCCCGACCGCACCUUACGAUGUCUCGCGCAAGGCCUUCCGCGAGGCCGUCCAGGGCCCCGGUGGCAACUUCUUCCUCGUCCACGUCGCUACGCCCCUGGAGGAGUGCGAGGCCGCGGACCGCCGCGGACUGUACAAGCGCGCGCGCACUGGCGAAAUCAAGGGCCUCACCGGCGUCGAUGACGAGUACGAGCUCCCCCAGGACGCCGACAUUGUCGCCGACCUCCGCACCGACUCGGUCCCCGAGGUCGUCCACUCGAUCCUCAUGACCCUCGAGAGCACCGGCCUCCUCGCCUAG